AUGCCUAAGGCCUACACGCCACCGAGGAAAGGCUGCGAGCGUUCGACACAAUAUGGGCUGGCAUUGCUCGAGACGCUGCCUGCCCCAGCACUAGAAGGCGACCAGAAGAUUCUUCCAGUGCAUGCUGAUAUCGAAGACCGAAACGGUGCGGGCUCAGAGCCUAUUCAACCCUCGUCUCCUCCCGCGUCGCCCGCGCCACUGCGAAAGCGCGCACGAAUCGGGACCGUCAAUGCGCCUAUCCUGCUCUCAUCAGAUGUCCAGAACGAAGACCACACCGAACCGGAGCCGAGGGCCGACGACUACAUCAAAGUCGUCUGCGCAUCAAAAUUGUACAACGACAUGCCUCUCCGGCAGAAGGUUACCAAGGAUACAUACAUCUUCUUGCGGCAGAUGCGACGCGAUUUUGUGCCUUGGACUGCUAGCAUAUGGGAUACGAACACUGCGCGUGACGGCACAAUACUUGGCGGUUGCAUGUUUGCCCAAGCUGAUCCUGCGAAGGCCUACAAGCAAAACAAGCUCGUGAAGAGCCCCGGGAUAGUUCUGGAGUAUGGGAUAUAUGCUGGUGUAAGUUGCAUGCUGGUGCACGAGCUUCUCGACAUGCUUCGUAUGCUAGAAACCGUCUAA